AUGAGAUACUUGCAAAGAAUAAAAGACAACAAAUUGUUAUUCAAGAUAAGUGAGCAACUGGAAUUACAAGGAUUUACAAAUGCUAACUUUGGGUUUAGGAUGCCAAGAUUAAAAUCUACAACUGGUUUUGUGUUUAUGUUUGGAGGAGUUGCAGUAUGGAGAAACAUUAAACAACCUCUCACGGCUGGAUCUACAAUGCUUGUUGAAUUUCUAGCAUGUUAUGAAGCCACUUCUCAAGCUAUGUGGUUAAGAAAUUUCAUUCUUAGUUUGAAUGUGGUAGAAUCUAUUCACAGACCUAUUCAACUUUGGAAUGACAAUAGUGCAACAGUGUUAUUUGCAAAAGGCAAUAAAAGAACAAGAGGUUCUAGGCUACUAAACGUUAAGUACAUAAUAGUGAAGGAGAAAAUGGCUCAAGGUUACACUACUUUAAGUCACAUUAGCACUAAACAGAUGAUAGCAAAUCCUCUCACCAAAGGGGUGCCAAAUGUUGUUUUUCAUAAGCAUGUCUUAAGCAUGGGACUGAUAGCUGAUAUGAAUGCCUAA